CAGCUGACUGCUGCUACGGGUUAGGUGUGAAUAUUAAAAUAUGAAAUGAUAUACCAGCAGUCCCUGUGGAGUCAAAGUGCGUGGCUGCAUAGGUUUCCUGAAGAGUUUCGGUUGAUCUCAUCAGAAGAGAAAGGGUUGUGAAGAGAUGUUUGAAAAGAUGAAGCCUACCUGCAUUCUUUAAGAUUUACAUGUAAUAUUUAUUCAAUCAGGUUUUCUUGAGAUUAAUCUCUGUGAUCUUGAGGACACAGUAAUUUGAUGCUGGUUUUCAGCAGUUGCUGUUGAUGCUAUCAGAUUGGGUACACUGUGUCCUUGAUGUUUUGAUCUAAGAAGAGAUGAGUGAAGAAGAUGUAGAGCAGAGCACCCUUCAGGCAAUAGAAUGGUGCACAAACUUGCAAAGUUUGAUUGAAAUAUCAGCUGAGCAUUUGGAAGGGCUGAGAACCCAGUGCCUGACAAGUGCAGUGUUGACACAGCAGGAAAUCAGAAGAAUCGAGGGUAAGCUGGUGAAGUUGUUCAGCAGUCAGCUUUUGGCCAAGUCCCGCAUCCCCAAUGAUGACUUGGAGGCAUCUGGCUGUGAUGGCUACCCAUCAAUGCAGCUCUGGCUUAAGGUUGUGGGUCUCAGCCCAUCUGCAGUCGAGAUGGUGUGCUGCAAGUACAGCUCGAUGGAGGCGCUGGUGGAGAGUGGCGAGGCCGAGCUGCGCGGCGUGCUGCCGCCGGCCGGCUUCGACGACGACGUGCGCCGUCUCGGCCGCGCCAUGCACAACAUGCGGAAGUAUACGGAGAGCCAAGGGGUGGGUGACGCGCACAGCAGUCCGGACCUGCCGCUGUACUGGGACUCUUGGGAGGCGUCGUCGCCCAGUCUGCGGCGCAGACCCAGGUCGUCGGUGUCGUCGUCGGACGAGACGCAGCAGUCAGAGUCGUCGGCACCGACGCCGUCCGAGUCAUCGUGCCACUCUCAGACGCAGUCGACGCUCAGCGACCUGACGCAGAGCCUGCCGGUGGGCGAGACGAGUCCGCCGCGCACGCCGCCGCUGGGCCGCACUGCGCGAGACGGCGCCACGCCGUCAGCCAGCCGCCGCCAUCACACGGGGCUGCGCGAGGCGGCCGGCGACCCGGCCACGCUCACCAAGUCACGUUCUCACGAGAGCCAGCUGACGGGCCGGCUGCAGGCUGCUGGAGACGCCGCCCAGCCACGCGGCGACUCUGAGCCGUCGGAGGCCCAGGAGGCGGCCGUGAGAUCGCCGGGAGCCGCCGCCAGCCCCUCGCCCUCCACGGCCGCCCAGACGCCCACCAAGUCGACCACGCUGCAGGUGCCCCGCUCUCCGCAUACGCCCACGCUGCCCGGCAGCAUGAGCCACGUGAUCGCGCACAAGUUCACCAAGACGUUCAAGGUGUCUACCUGCGACUGCUGCAAGAAGCAGAUGAUCUACGGUCUGCGGUGUCGCGAGUGCAAGUACAAGUGCCACCGGCACUGCGAGGAGCAAGUGCCGCCCUCCUGCGGUCUGCCCAGGAAGUUCGUCGACUUUUUCAUCGACCAAGUCAAUAAUCAGGGUAACGCUUCCCCCCUGCUGCCGAAAAGUCAGCGCAAGAGCCAGAGCUCCGGGUAUCUUCACUACAAACAGCACCACGGUUACACCAACUCCAGCAUCAGCAUCCCGGCAUUCCAGGGCCAGGACUCUAGCAGCAAUACGUCCAGCUGCAACAGCUCUGCGCCGUCUAGUCCGGCCUUCCCGAUGGCGACGCCGCCGGCGUCAGCGUCGCGCCUGCAGCAGUUCAACUUCCCAGAGGUGGCCGAGCCGGCCGGCGUCACCGUCGAGCCGCUGCCGCCGCCGCCGCCGCCUCCGCCGCCCCCGCCGCCGCCGCCACCUCCGCCGCCGCCGCCGCCGCCGGCGGCCGCGCAGCCGCCGCCGGUCGGCUCGCAGGAUUCGGACAAGACGAUGAGUCAGACGUCGGCCAGCACGUCCACCGACUCGGAGCGCACCGUGGCCAGUCGACUCGACUCGCAGGACUCGACCGUCUCCGAGACGGACGGCAUGCCGCGGCAGAACAGCCUGUCGCUGCGGGAGUGGGACAUUCCGUUUGAGGAGGUGCGGGUGGGCGAGGUGAUCGGGCGCGGCCGCUUCGGCGAGGUGAAGAAGGGCCACUGGCACGGCGAGGUGGCCGUCAAGUUGCUCAACAUGAACGACGAGGAGGCGCUGGAGCAGUUCAAGCGAGACGUGGCUACGUUCCGCAAGACGCGUCACGAGAACCUGGUGCUAUUCAUGGGCGCCUGCAUGUGCCCGCCGCAGCUGGCAAUCAUCACCAGCUACUGCAAGGGCAAGCCGCUCUUCGCCCUGCUGCACACGCAUAAGGAGAAGUUCAACCUCACCAAGAUCAGCAACAUCGCCAAACACAUAUCGCUGGGCAUGGGCUACCUGCACGCCCGAGGCAUCGUGCACAAGGACCUCAAGUCGAAGAACAUUUUCGUGGACAACUCGGGCACGGUGGUGAUCACAGACUUCGGCCUGUUCUCGCUCACCAAGCUCUGCCCCAACUCCGGGCAUCGGCGCCGCCUGCACAUCCCGAAGGGCUGGCUCUGCUACCUCAGUCCGGAGAUCGUGCGCAGCCUGCGGCCCGGCGACAACCGAGACCUGCCCUUCUCGAUGAGCUCGGACGUCUUCGCCUUCGGCACGGUGUGGUACGAGCUGCUGUCGGGUGAGUGGCCCUGGAAGGACCAGCCAGCCGAGGCCACCAUCUGGCUGGUGGGGCGAGGCAUGAAACAGUCGCUCGCCAACAUACAGGCCUCGCGCGACGUCAAGGACCUGCUGAUGAAGUGCUGGAACUACCACCAGGCCGACCGGCCCGACUUCACCCAGCUGCUUGUCAUCCUGGAGCGGCUGCCCAAGAAGCGGCUGGCGCGCAGCCCCUCGCACCCUAUCCAGCUGUCGCGUUCGGUCGAGUCUGUGUUCUGAGCGGCCCCCGGCCGUGCGCCACGUCUUGUGAUAUCUGUCCGUGUUAGAGUGUGUAGCGGCGCGCGCGUAUGGGGGCCGCCUGGGCCGGCGGCGGCGGCCGGGCCGCCCCCUCCGCCCCUAGUCCCUGGCCCGGCUGCGCCGCCGGCCGCAGAGCUCGGCAGUACAACGACACUGUAGUCUGCACACGUCCGAGGCGCCCACCCGGUGGGAGCCGGCCGCCGCGCCCGGCCGGGCCCGCAGCGGCCCGGCCC